CUUUGCGAAUGUGCUGUUGUCAAGUUUUCGUGUUUUUGUGGUGUCGCGCAUCGUAUUUCGUCUUCCCGCCAGCAGCCAGCCAGCCAACGCGAUUGUGCGUGCUGCUGUGUGCUGUGUCAUCCAAUCCAGCCGGCUGCUGUGUAUUGAUUGUUGUGGUCGUUCGUGUGUGUGGGUGCCGUCCACAGGCAACGUGCGCACAGCAAGCAGGCGAAGCACACACCCACAGUGAAGGGGGGUCUCAUCGUUAGGUUUUCGUCUUGUUCCUCUUCUUACUUUCCUCUUCUUUCUCGGGUUCCUUUGCUGUUGUGGUGGUGUUGCCUCUCCUGUCCAUUGUUCUCACGUUGGCAUUGUUCCGUCGCACUCUCUGGUGCCAAGUCGGUGUUGUGGGCGGUCGUUCACGGCACCAACACCAGGCGCCAUGGCUCAGGAACCGCUCUCCACCGAGCACCCCUCGCUCGAGCAACUGAUGAGCACGCGCAAGCUUGAAACCUGCUUGAAGAAGGAGGGCAUCAUGGAGAGUACGGAAGGGUACGAGCAACGAAACCGCGUGCUGGCCAAUCUCAACGCCUUUGUUAAGGAUUGGCUGUACAAGUACUCCCUCGAGCAUGGGAAGAGCCCCGAGGCUGCCCAGCUCAUCCGCGCCAAAAUCUUCACUUUUGGCUCCUUUCGUCUCGGCGUUCAUUCAAAGAACGGCGAUAUCGAUGCGCUCAUCUGCUUUCCGCAAAGCGUUACGCGCGCCGCGUUCUUCUCAAGCUUCUACGACGCCCUCGCCCAGCGGGACGACGUCGAGGACCUACACUCUGCGGAGUCUGCUGCAGUGCCUGCAAUCAAGCUGACGUUUGGCGGGGUUGAGAUGGAUCUUCUCAUGGCGCAGCUGCCGGCAGACUCCAUUGCGCCGUCCCUCGACCUCUCCGAUGACGACAUCCUGCGCAAUCUCCCGGAAACUUGUGUGCGCAGUAUCAAUGGUCGGCGUGUGACGGACAAGAUCCUGGAGCUGUGCCCCGCCGCCCGCGAAGACUUUGGCCUCUGCCUCAGAACCAUCAAGCUCUGGGCUAAGCGACGCGGUAUCUACGGCAACGCGCUGUGCUACGUCGGUGGUGUGCAUCUGGCCAUCCUCGUCGCUAAAAUCUGCCAGCUCUUCCCUUAUGCAACCGCCUCUACCCUCGUGGAGAAGUUUUUCUGGCACUACAAGCGAUGGGACUGGGCGAUUCCUGUUGAGCUGCAGCACGUGGAAGAUCUCGGAAUCACACACAUCCCGCACUGGAGCCCAAUCAACAACUACCACGACAUGAGCGUGAUGAAGAUCCUGACCCCCGUGUACCCGUCACAAAACGCGUCGUACACGGUGACCAGGUCCACCCUCUAUCGCAUCAAGCGCGAGCUUGAUCGCGCAGAGUCCGUUGUUCAGAAGAUUGCAGACGGCAAGGCAACCUGGCCCAGGCUGUGGAAGCAGAUUCCCUUCUUUGGCGUGUAUUCGCACUACAUCUGCGUGCAGGCGCUCACCAACUCGGAGCAGGACCGCACCCUCUAUGAAGGCCUCGUCGAGUCAACUGUGCGCAAUCUGGUGACCAGUCUCGAAUUCCACCCAGCCGUCACAUACGCCAUCCCAAUUCCAAAGGCGUUUCGGCGAUCGCCCGAGAAAGACCCGUCGACCCUGGAGGACGAGGACACACACGAGCGCCCGCCAGAGUACUGCUGGCGCACUCUCUGGUUUAUUGGACUCGUGUUUGAUCCAAAGGCCACGGAGCAAUUGGACAUCUUGACGGUGAUGAGCGACUUCGAGCGUCGGGUGCGCUUCAAGGAGAGCAGAAUGACACGCUAUGACCCGAGCAUGCGGUACACGGUUGAUCCGAUGGCGCGCGAUGAGAUUCCAACGUGGCUCCACGCAGAGGCCAAGGUCGCCAAGCCAGCAAAGCGACGGGCGACGGCGCAAUCGGCUGCUGCGGGUGCUGCGGGUGCUGCGGAUGUGUCUGAGAAUCCGCCAAAGAAGAGCGCAACAACAACAGGAGCAGCAACUACGGCAGCUGCAGCCACAACAACUUCAUCAACAACACCUGCGGCAACGUCAGACUCGACCGCUUCACCGGCGUCCACGUCCACCACAGCGACAACAGCCACCACGCCCCCCUCAGAUGGUGCUGUGUCGGCCGGUAACACAACCACGACAUCCACACCAGCCCCACCACCAGCAGCAACGGCAGCGGCAGUGAUUGCCACAAAUGCGCAGCAGAGCAAGGGUGCGAGCACAGCUGUUGGAGGCAGUGGCGAGAAUGGUAAGCAAACACCUGCAGCAACAGCAGCAACAGCAUCAACAGCACCAUCAACAGCGGCAACCAUGACACCAGCGCCGAUUGUUGGUGUUCUGUCGAAGCCAGCGACGAUGGGAGUGCGGAGACCGCCUGUGAAGCAACAGCCGCCACCCGCUGACCUGGAGGUGCCCGAGCUUGGCGCUGAGCUGGACGUGGUGACCACGGCUGCCACCACCGCCCAGCCGCUGCCAAAGGUGUCAGUGAAACUGCACACGAGCCGAAGCAGCCGCAGCCGCAAGUCGCGGUCGGGCUCGAGGGACCGCGAGAAGCGACGCAGCAGGGAGAGGGAGAGGAGGGAGCGAAGCCGAGACAAGGACAGGCGUGAUCGUGAUCGUGAUCGUGAUCGUGAUCGUGAUCGUGAUCGUGAUCGUGAGAGGGACAGGGACAGGGACAGGGACAGUAACAGGCGUGAGAGAGACAAGGGCAGAAGCAGCAGCGACAGGGACAGGGGCAGAGACAGGAACGGAGAAAAGAGGAGGGAGAAGGAUAAGGAGAGGGACCGGGAGAGGGAGAGGGAGAAGAGAAGGGACAGGGAGAGCGGCAGCGAGAAGGAGAAGACAAAGGAAAGGUCAAGCCGUGAUCGCGAUCGUGAUCGUGCGAGUCGGGACAGUCGCAGCAGCCGUCGUCACUGA